ACGAAAAAGUGAUAUGAUAUGGCUGGUGGUGGAGGUGGAGUAACUUAGAAAUAUGGCUGACAAUGAGACCUUCAGUGGAAUAAAAAUAUUAAAAAAUUCAAAAAUCGUUGUUAAUGUUGAAGAAGCACUUCAAGAUGUGUUAGUAGUUACUUAUGCAUUAGAGAACAAAUUAUUUCAAGGCGUUUUAUUGGAUUCUUCGAAAAGGAUCUUGCCUUGUGGGAUCACCCCUCCCCCAGAUGUUUUGAACAAGAAGACUGAAAAUGCAGAAGAUGACAAGCUUUUUAGUGUUAGUCAAAGAUUUACCUAUUUUCAAGAUAAACCAAGCAACACUAUAAAUGGUGGUUUACUGCCACAUUUAUUCACAUCAAAACCAAAACCUACCUCUAGAUUAAAACCUACUCGAAUGACUGUUAGAUUGCGUCCUAGACAAGUUUUAUGUUCGAAAUGCCGUAGUAUUUGUAAUGAAAAUUCUGAAAAUGUUGAUCAUUCCUCGAAUGCAAAAAAUGCAACCCCCUUUACGGAAAACAAGAAUCAAAAUAAUCAAGUCAAACCAACGAGAAAUCUUAAGAACUUACGUCCUACACUUAUUCCAAAACUAAAUCGUCUUCAACCCAAUGAAAUAUCAAACGCUAUUAAUGGAAAAGUAGUUACUAGGUCAAAUACCAAGUGUAAUGUUGUAACUAGAUCAAGUGAUGAAUGGCUGGACCCAGCGACACCGACAUCUCCAGCCAAUGUGGAACCGGCUCCAUUGGUUGAAGAGGCGAGAAUGAGUCCAGCAGAAGAAGCGGACAAAGAUGAAGACUAUCUGAGGGAGGAAGAAGAUGGAGAAGGGAAAAUGGUGCUUCGGAAAAAGAGGAGUGUCGGUUCAAUGGAAGAUUUGUGGGAUGAAAAUGUUUUUGUUGAAGCUACAAAAAAAGCACGGACUACGCCUGUAAUCAAAAUAUCAUUCGGAACUCAAGGGGAAGGUACUGUGUUGAAAAUCCCAUCAAAAGUGCAAAACUUGAGUGAAAGUGAGCCAGAAGAAAAACACAAAACAGCAAGUGCUAAAGCGGCAAAAAAAGCUUUAAAGAAAGCCAAAAAAGAAGCAAGGAGAAAAUUUAGCCAAGCGGUUUCUCCUGGAUCAUCACCCGCUUAUGAAGCUCUUCAUUAUCGAAGGCACCGACACAAAGUCAAGCACAAGAAGAAGCACAAAGAAGAUCGUUCCAAAGACCCAGCUGUUUACACUGACAUGAAAGAACGUUGUUUGAAGCAAAAACUUUCUAUCAGCUUGAGACGUCUGAAUGCCAACGCUUAUGCUCACAGGAGUGAUUCUGGUUCCAGUGAGUCAGGUUCAAGUAGCUCCAGCUCUGAAGAAGCGGUUCCUGACUUCCCUCCUCUCCAAUCCCCUCUAUCCUCGCCCCACCAUCCUCUACAGUCUCCCCUGUCUUCCUCUAACCCUUCAGCAGAUAUAGAUCCUGGACCAAACACCUUCGCUGUAGGUGACAUUGUCUGGGGCAAAAUACAUGGUUUUCCAUGGUGGCCUGGAAAGGUGACCAAGAUCUGCACACGUAGAGAUGGUGAGCCAGCACAAGCACAUGUCUCCUGGUACGGGUCCUCCACAUCCUCUCUCAUGUCUUGCCAACAUCUCAGCCCCUUCCUCGAGACUUUUAAGGUCCGAUUCAAUAAGAAGAAAAAAUCUGGACCUUACAAAGAAGCAAUCAAGCAAGCAACCAGUGAAGCUUCAGACAUUCCGCAGAAGAUUCUGCACAGUCCACUGCGUAGUCUUAUGUCUUCCCCUGCACACGUGCAUGUUACCUCCUGAAUAAUCUAGUUAUAGUAAUCUGUAGUAAACUGUUCUUGACAUUUUUAUGAAGUACUGUGCAAAUCUCUACCCUAAUCUCGAUUUGAAACAAUGUGGUUUUUUAUUUCCAGUUGAGUUUUUUAGUAAAUAUUUCUUUUAAGUUUAUUUUUCUAAGCAAUUCAGCAGAGUGACCCUAAAACAGCUUAUUUAAUUUAUUGUGUACUAAUAAUUGUAGUGUGCCUACAAAUUAAUAAGAAAUACAAAGUAUUUAAGUUAAAAUGAUACUUCUUUAAUGUUCAAUACAAUUGUUGCACAAGUUGGUUGUUUAAUAAUAUUACAUGUAGAUCAGUAAUAAUUUCUGUAAAAGAGAAAACACAUCCUUGUCAUAAUCUCAAAUGAAUUGAAAAUACAGUAAUAACGUAAUUUAUUUAUGAUAUUUAGGUUAUUUAAAUAAAUUAAUAUAACAAAUUUUCACCAUUUACUACAAAGUAAUAAUAUAAAAGAUGUUAAUUACCGUAAAUAAUUAAUUACAUAAAUAUGUUUACAAUUUGAGAAAUUUCUUUAAAGUAAUGCACUAUUACAAACGUACUACACCAAAAUGUAGAUACAAUAAACGACUCUCUUUAAGAAUUAAUAUUUUGUAAAAUUAUUUAUUUUUUGUAUUAAUUCAGGUGAGUUCAUCACCAAAAAUUUAAGUCUGAUAAGAUGAGGUGUUCUGCUGUUUUGGCUGAUAUGUAUUACCACAAGUAUGUAUAUUCUGUAUGAACUUAAAAAGUUACUACUGUAAAUAGUUCAUUUUGUAAACAUUUAUAAAACAUUA